GAUAGAAGCGGCCAAAUUCUUGGCGUAGCUAUCGCUUUCUUAAUUCCUACAGCGUUGUCUACUUGCCUGAGAGUUUAUACCCGAACCAAGAUUCUCCGAAGUCAAGCUGGCUGGGAUGAUGCUGCUAUGGUGAUAGCAUUCGGAUUUAUCCUCACAUAUCUGGUCUCUCAAUUAUGCGGUGUCGCUCACGGAAACGGCAAGAAAAGAUAUCUUCUGGAUGAUGACACCGCACAGAUGGGCCUGAUGUACUGGUUCUUCUGCGAAAUCUUCUACACACUCUCUACCGCCGCCCUCAAGAUCAGCAUCGGUCUCUUCCUCCUCCGCAUCGCUGUCAAUCGCAUCCACAUCUGGAUCAUCCGCUGGAUCAUGAUCCUCAACGUCCUUUUCGCCGUUCCUUACUGUUUGCUGGUUACCUUUCAAUGUCGACCCAUCUCCUUUUGGUGGGAUCUCAAUCCUAGCCAUCAUGGCAAAUGUAUAAGUCCCGAUGUCAUUAUGAUUUUGACCUAUGUUGUUUCGGUGUUGAAUUCAGUUGCGGAUUGGACGUUUGGACUUUUACCGUUCUUUAUUGUAAGAAAGUUGCAAAUGAAGAAGCAGACUAAAGUUCUGGUGGUUUCCAUUCUCGGUUUUGCUGCCUUGGGCAGCACAGCAACAAUCAUCCGCACCCCCUUCGUCCACACCCUCAAAGACUUCAAAGGCGAAUUCUUGUACAACACCGCCGACGUCGCAAUCUGGACAACAGUCGAACUCGGCAUCACCGCCACAGCCGCCAACAUCGCCACUUUACGCCCUUUACUCUCCUCCCUCCGCGCACACUUUGGCGUUGCUUCCACCACUGCUACAGGCUCAAAA